CUGGUUUUGUUUUCCUUUCUGCCCCAAAUUUCUGGGGAGAGAGACUGUCUGUCCACCGAAUGGGAUGCAGCAGGGGAUGCAGCAGAGGAUGCUGACAUCACCAGGUGGAUGAAUGAGGUGUCAAAAUCUGCAAUUUCUUCUCAUCCCGCAACAACCUUCAUGGAUUCCUUCAUACAAGAGAUAGUCAGUCCAUCAUUAUUCUUAUACCUGUUUGUUUAAAUUGUUAUGGGGCCUGAUUCCAUGCUGGCUUCCGCAGUUAUUCAAUCCUUUCCCUUAUCCCAGCUUAAAUCUCAUUCCUUUUUCUUUUGCCUCUAGAGCUUGGCUAAAACGCUGCAGCCGGUAACUAUUGGGUUGGGCAUCUGCAGAUCUGUGUCGCUCUCUCUCUUUAAUCCUCCAUUUGUUCAUUUUUAUCCCAUCAUAUAGAUAUACUGUUUAACUUAUUACUUUCAUUCACAUCUGCAGAAUUGUGUUUGUGUCUCUGUGUAUCUCUUCCGCAUCCUGGUAUACCUUUUCUCUCAUCUCCAAUCAGCCGCAACCUGGCAUUCCUUUUCUCUCAUUCAUCAGAUUUACAAUGUCUCGACGAUGAAGAAACAGAAACAGCACAACACACCACAGUCAGAUCUCCUCCAGGUGCAGAAAGUGAGCUUGAAUUCAUUUGGCAAGCCCCCCCAGGUGCACCUUGCCGAUGUCGAAACCCGUCUCAACAUGCAUCAGUUCAAUGGUCUCUUCGAAUCCUCUACUCCCGAACGCCAACAGCAACAGCAGCAGCAGCAACAGCAGCAGCUCCAUUAUCCCGCUCAGAACGGGAGUGGGUCCGAUGAAAACUCACAUGUUCCUUCUACAACCCGAAACCCUCCUGCCACCGCCGCAAUGUCCAAUGGAGACUCUCCGCCUGCCCCCGAAUGGUCAUCUGCCGUAGGACACGCGAUGACCGGGAAGUCCGGCCGAGUCAUUCACAAUUUACAGGAAGAUAUAGCACGCCUGACGCGCGAAUGCAGUUUACAUCGGUCCCGCGCAGAAGAGGCGCAACGCAUAAACGAGACGCUCAAGCUCCAGCUACAAAACGUGACGGACCGUCUGCGUAAUUCCGAGCAAUCACACGAGGCGCAUCUUAUCUCGAUAGCGCGCAAGGAUAGGAAAAUCGAAGACCUGAAAGCGGAGGUACAAGCGGAGAAAGAUAGGCGGCUGAAGGCGGAGGAGGAUGCGCGGAGAACAAACCAGCUAGCCGCUGAGGAGCGAGAUGAAAGCCACCGUGCAAUCGCUGAGGCUACGGAGAUCGCCAGCCAGGCGCGCAAUCAAUAUGAAACGCUGUCCCAUGCGCGAUCGAGGGAGCAAAGCGAGUUUAGAACGCGUGUCGAUGGUUUCCGCGCAGAGCUGAAGGAGUUAUGCAAUCGGGAAAUAGAGAGGCAGAAUCAGCUCACGCGCUUCGAUGUGAUCAUUGAGCAGAAGAAUAAGGAGAUUGAGGCGGAGAGGGAUCGGAUGGAGCGGUUUGGACGACUGUUUGCGGAAUAUAAGGAGGCCAGCGACCGUGCGGUACAUGAGCUGGUGGAGAGGAGCCGGAAGAAUAACGCUGCGAUUGAUGAUGUGGUUGACCAGGCGAAGGAAGUUACGGGGAGGAUGAGGUGGGUUAUGAAGGUCAAAGACGAGGUUAAGGGAGCGGAAUGACGGUAGACAUGGAUACGGAAAACCUGAUCGGAUUUGCCGAGGAUACCCGCUUCCUGUCGUCCUUCUGAUUAUCUCUUUUUUCCCUUCUUCCUUCGAGAUACUGUAUGAUGUACGAAGCGAAGGCGAUUCGAUUCGAUGUUUAGGGAUACACCACAAAGGCCGAGCCUGUUCCGGAUUCUCCCAAGCUCAUAUAGAGGAAACGGAUUCGGGAUGUUGCCGGUCUUAUAUAUGCCUUUUCGUUUCGUCCUCAGAGGUUACACUCCAUUUUCCAAUGCGCAUGAAAAGAAACCUGCCCAUCACAUGAUUUCGACGCACGACUGGCUGAACGCAUGUUUCCACCCACAUAUACCCAGAAUCUUCAAAAUAGCGACCCCGACCCCGACCCCGUUUCACGCAUAUAUCCCAGAACUCAUUCCAAUUUACGACCAUAUUUUAUUUCCUCAUCUCUUUACCUCUGAUCUUGUGUACAGAGUCCCAUUUACAUAUACGCAGCAGCAAGCGCGACCAAUUUAACGACUAAAUUCCUUACCAUACAUACAUAUACGGACAAACAUACUUACAUACCACAUUGCGCAUACAUACACAUACCAAAAGGCCUGCGGAAAAGCAUUUACAGCCCCCUAAAAUAGGACAGGUAUACGGCGGUUUUAUCCUCUUUUUUUUUUUUUCCCUUGUCGGAUUUUUACCAUCUACAGCCGCAGUUUUACAGGGUUACAAAGCCAACAAAAGGAUCAUAAAGGCAAGGAGGGAAAUCUCAACUACAUUUUCAUGCCCUUUUACCUUUUCUUUUUUCUUUCUUUCUUUAUUCCAUUCUAAAGAAGUGACGAAUUCCUUCCUCUAUUUCUCCUGUAAUCCCUUUUAAUUCUUCUCUUCUUUUCGUUCCCUUCGGGCUCCCGUUCACUUUUGUCUCAUUCCACUAUUCUACUGCCCUGUUGUUUGCUGAUACAAUAUAUUUUAAUUACUCUUCGCUUCGUUUUUACUGGGCCUCUUUCAUUGCUAUCUAAGACGGGACGGUGUUUGCUGGUUUUUCCCUUUCUCCAACACUCUUAAAGGGAGCUUUUUUAUUGAUGAAAUAUAUACUGAUUGAUAAAUACACAUACCCUGGUUUUUAAAAAUAGCAUGCAGCAAAUGAGAAUAAGGGAGGUGAGUGAGAGCAUGCUGAAUGCACCAACUCUAGCAUGGUACCUGUGCCUGCAGGAUACAUAUUGCAUUUUCUCUCUUUAGCGCAGCUUUUAAAAGCCCUACAGCAGUUAUGCCAAUGCAGAUACCCAUAGGCCUAUCUUACUGGCUUCAGGUGAGAAGGGAGAGAGGAAGGAUACACAAUGAGCUGUAUGGAAAUAUGGAAAUCGGGAAUCUCUCUCAUCACCAUAGUGACUGACCAUCUCAAGCAUUCUUUGAUUAACUAAUGUUUUAACACAACUUCACAGUAAGAGGAUAGCAGCUCUCUAUGAUUUUCUCA